AUUGUCAAAUUCCUAGAAUUUAAUUUGUAGGUAUUUACGAUACCACCACGCCUGAAAACAGCUUUUUUAAAAGCAUUAAAUAUAGAUAAAAGCUUUCCCAGUGAAAGCUGUUUUUAUUAAUUUCUCUUGUGAUAAUGUUCCUCUAAAAAAAUCCAAUGCAAGUGCAAAGAAAUCGUAAUAAUGCGCUGCCGCAACGCGAAUAUGAGGAUGGCGUGGAUUCAAAAUUCAGCAUGAUGUCCUCGAAGGCAAUGGAAACUCGUUAUUACGAGGGAUGUGGACGCGAGGGUCCCAUACGAUGCAUAUUUCUGGGCGAAUUUCACCCAGUCGCUGGCCCUAAAAUAUCGUGCCAGUUUCCUGAAGACUACAUCUCCAAAGAGUUAUUUGACACCAUAAGUGCUUACAUCAUACCAAAACCAUUAAUACAGAAAAGCACAAUGACUAUUAAUGCUAUGGGCCAUAAGAUAGUGGGGUAUCCGAUCAGAAUCGACAAUUCCAGAUACGAACGCAAUGUGUACGUCUUCAACUUAUGCUUUGUCUGUGACAGUUGGUCGAAAACAGUUCAGUAUGAGCCUGUUGUGAAGAAACUAGGUGAACAUCUUACUAUAAUGGAAGAGGAAGCAAGAUUCGUAUCAAGCGGUUCUAGUAAGCUGCCCACUCUUCUGGCUCACCUUCAUCAUGAUCUUAACACUCAUCGCAAGGCCACCUUAGUGGAGGGGGACACGGUGAUGCAUUUGAAAGUGCUUGAGGUGCGCAAGGAUCCAACGCCGGUGGGAGACCACGAUGUGCCCGUUCUGGUUGCGUCGGUGGGCCUGCCUCGCCCUGGCCGGUUGCGGCCGCAGCGGGAGACACCGCCGGAGGGGACUCCGCAGCAGAACCGCCAGCACCUCGACAUUGAGGACGAGGAGCCAUUUGAAGUGGACAUGAGUGCCGAUUGGGACCUCACUACCAGACAGCUUCUACCCUUUAUUAAUGGUUACAACCACAUUUCAAAAAUAGCCGCUGACACCAACGUUGAGAAAACGCUUGUGAAGUCAUGCAUACAGAAUUUGGUCUACUACGGAGUGGUAACCCUUAUACCUGUCCUGAAAUUCAGUAAUAUGUACCGGGCUACGCCUAACCUCAGCAGACUAUUUAGUGACAGCGAACUACAAAAAUCAUGUCUUACAUUCAUCACCAAAGGAUUUGAAGCCAAAGAUAAGCCAACACUGUCGGACGUGCUGGAAAUCUUGUGCUCCUUACAACAAGGCACCACUCUGCGCGCCGUAUGCGAGAGAUACUCAAGCACGUCUGGCCCCACGUUCGAUAUCCGUCGACUGGUAGUAUUCGCACAGCUACAUGGUCUCAUCAAAUGCCUCAAGAGGUACCCAGUGUACAUCAGGGGCCCACCUCGUCCGAACGGUUUCACCAGCCGGAUAGACUCCAUGCUAGGUAUCCGGAGGCUUUUCACGGGGAGGCAUUGCACCGACGAGAUCUGCUGCAUAGCACGGAUAGAUCUGCCGACCUUAGAUCAAAUCAUAGAGGACGACCCAAAUGUCUCCGUCAUAUGGAGGUAGAACAGAGCAACCCUGCUCCGGAGUAUUGGGGCUGGUGUGCAUUGAACAAUCCUAUGCUUGCGUUUUAGUAUUAAGUCUGAACAAGUAAAUGCAAAUAGUGGCGUCAAAAAUAUGUUUUGUGAAAUCCAGAUGUGUCCCACGAUUUUUCAUAGUUCACGAGUUAUGAUUUGAGUGAAUGAUUUAAAAUUGUAAAUGUCUAGACUUAUUAUUGUUUUGGUUGCAACAAAAAAUUUUCAUAAAUCACUCGUCUGUUUAGUAAACUUUUGAAUUUAUUCAAUUCUUGAGACUGGAUUGUAAAUAUGGAUUUGAGUCAAGCUUACCUUCAACUACCCAUCGGUCGACAGCACCACAAGUUUCUCAGGAUGAACUACGAUAGUAUACCACCAAAUUACUCGCGCAGUCUGCAGCAUCUUGUAUUAUUGCGUCAGUCACCAACUGGGUCGCAGAAGAGAGAAGAAUCGCUGAAGCUCCGGAGCCUCGAGAUUCUGCGUUUCUUUCAUUUCUGCGUGGUGUACCUGGAUGACUUUCUAAUUGCCGCAGCUUCCAUAGCAGCGUAAUACUGCAGUCACUUCACUUCAACGCCUGGAAAUAGAGUCAGCGAAUUAUUUUUUUAGGCGUUGAAGCUAAGUCUCUGCCAUAACCGCAGUAUCAAAUGUUCGGUUCUGCACUACGAGAAUAGUUAAGGACUUAGUCCCUCUAAAAAGCUUAGUUCUUAAUAGGGGAAACCGUUAAGUAAAUAAUUACUCUCGUCGUAAAAAAAUCCAAAUUACAACGGUCAGAAAACAAACGAAGGAAGGUCGUUUCACAUCAAGCCGUGCGUAUAAGAAUGCUGGGAGCAAAUCGAUUUUUACGGGUUUGUGAAAUAUCAUUUUUAUAUCGAUUAACUCUUUGUGUAUGUACCUAGCUUAAUAUUUUGGCGGCGCUGUUUGGAUCUUUCUAUGUAAAUAUAGAUUUGCGUAUUAGGUGGUUGGUUGACGAGUGAUUAAGUAUAUUUUAUUUAUUUAUUAAUAACAUUAUGUCAUGUUUUGAAAGGUCUUGCAUAUAAUUAAAACGAAUCACACCAUAAGUCUUGUUAGGGCAUAUUAUGGCAUGCUUUUAAAUUUAAAUUUAUGCAUAAGUUAAAUAAAUUCAAUUAAAUUAAUCAGUCAAAAAAAAAUCCAAGGGAUAAACUUUAUAAAUCUGGGAACAUUACUAAAAACUUUCUAAAUUCUUUAAAUUUGACAAUUCCUUUAUACUGUAAAAAUAAUGUGAUACUAAAUAAUCUUUCGUGUUCGACAUAUUUUAAUUAUGAAUAGAUUAGUUUUUUUUGUGACACAAUAAUGGUACACACAUUAAUAUUAUUAUUAAAUUGGUUGAUUUAGGUUGACUUCAGUGGACCUUAUACUUUUUUCUACAACCUUUAAUAUUUUCGCGUUGACAUUCAAAAAACUGAUUUAACACAGUUUAGGAAUAUGCACAUAGAACAAUAGCUGAUGAAUUGUUUAAUGUAAUUGGCCCACCGUCGUCUCACCGCCUUGUCUUCGAUACUAAACCAGUAUUUAUUUAUUCAUAACUCUAAGCUAAUAUUUCUUUUUAAAAUUUUAAACAUUCGGGAUUCGGGAGUGCAUAAAAUUUGGUUGUUUUAAAAAAAUACACUAAUACACACACCUUACAAAUAUGACAAAUCUUGCAAUUAACGGGUGAAAAUAUAUGUAAACUUAUAAUGCACAUUAUUCAUAGUUACUAUUAUUGUUUUUUUUAAGUUUUUUACCACAUUAGCAAUUAGUACGUGUGCAUUUGUUUCUCAAAUUUUACUUCUGUAGGUUGGUUUCAAAACCUAUGAACGAAAUCUAUAAAACUCAGCCACACCGCCAAUAUGCAUUUUGUAAAAUUAGACUUUUCAAUUUCAGUGUAUAUAAACUAACUAUUUAUUAUAAGCAAUGUCCGAAACAGUGUUUACAUUUUGAUGAGAAAGUCUAGAGGCGCAUUAAAGUUCGUUGUUUUAGGAAUUGUCGAUAUUGGAAUUAAAGUUGAUACAUAUUUAUUUAUUUAUUAGCUUUAAUUUAUUAACCUUGAAAAUUAAAGUUAACCUAAUUUAAAUAUCUGGUGUCUCUACUUUAUUCAUUCAUUUAAGAUAUAAUACUUUUCUAUUACAUGUAUAUUGUCGUGUUUAUUUUAAACAUGACUAUAAAAAAAUACCAUACUUUGAAGCAUACGUAAGAUAAAAAUACUUACUUCGUUGAAUUUCCGUUAUUUUAUAUUGAAGUUCAUAAAUUCUCAGUGAUUAUGUUUAAUUUAGUUUAUAAUUUGCCAUCGGCCAUAGAACUUUUUAAAAAAAAAUUGCUCGUUUCAUACAUAUACUUAUAUUAUAUAUUUAAAAAUUAUAAUUCCAUUUUUUUGUUCAUUUCAUUAAUUGACUCCAUUCGGGCGAUCGAGAAAGCUCAGCUCCGGAUUAAUUUACAUGGCAGGCGAUGGAAGAAUAAUUUGUUUUAUACACUCCUAGGAUAUUGAUCUUUAUUAGCCUCAGACAUACAAAGAAAAGUUAAUAAAAAUACAAGCACUGUGCGUAAAUAACAAUGUUUACGUUUUCCUUCAACUGCAAUGCGAAUUGAUCCUUACCCCAAAUGUUUAUAAAAUGCAUUAUAUUCACAUACGCACCAUUGAUAUAUCACCUUGUAUUAUAAACUAUAUAUAAUGGCUUCUGGUAUGUAGUAGAUAGCUGUAUAUUUGCUGGUAUAUGUUACACACCUAUUAUUUUAAUAGUAUGAAUAAGCAAUCAAGAAUUAUUUAUUUAAGUCAAGCUGCGUUUGUUUGAAAUUAUAAAGCGGAGAGUAAGCAUUUUAUGGAAGCAGAAAGAUUGAAAUUGGUAUAUGUACUAUGUAUUGCAACGAAUUUGGGACAAGCAGCAUCUUUUAUGUACAGGACUGUCGUAUAGCAAUUGGGGAGACAAAGAGACAAUUAAAUUACACCUCUGUUUUAAAAAUAUGUAUAAAUGUCGGUUGAGUGUUUCAUAUUUAUUGUUUAUAGCAUUGUGAAUUUUAAAUAACAACCGUGAAGAAAAAAACUCCUAUACACAAUAAAAAAAAGUCUGAGAGACAUUCUUUGUAACUUUGUAUUCAUUUAAUGGGGAGCUCGAUGGCGCGGGUGGUUAGCGCGUUCGGCUGUGAUCGUUCAAGUUAAGCAACUUUAGCGGUGAUCGGUCAUUGGAUGGGUGACCAAA